AUGCCACCACCACCGCCUCCUCCCCCGCCGCCGCCGCCGCCGGGAGGUUUUGGCGGUCCCCCGCCGCCCCCUCCAGGAAACCUCCCAAAUAGACCGCCAAAAGGGGUUACUAAAGAUCGGGGCGCACUUUUGUCUGAUAUUCACAAAGGCGCGAGGCUGAAGAAGGCAGUCACCAAUGAUCGAUCAGCGCCUGUACUAGGCAAGACAGGAGGGGGUUCUGCAGCUCCUCCUCCUGCGGGCGCGCCUCCUGUUCCUGGCAUGAGACCCCCGGCUGGUCUUGCACCACCUGUUCCCUCCGGCCAAACCGCGAACCGAUUGCGAAGCAACAGUGAAGGAGUAUCCGGGGGAGGUGAUGGGGCUGGUGCACCUGCAGCUCAACUAGGUGGUUUAUUUGCAGGUGGAAUGCCCAAACUACGCAGUCGUGGGGGAGUUGAUACAGGUGCCAAUCGCGAAUCGCCAUAUAUGUCUGAUGGCGAAUUGCGACGACCGCCUGCUGCCCCGGCACCUAAACCUCCAACAGCACCCAGACCUCCUGGGGCUAGGCCACCACCCCCUCCACCAUCCACGGAAUCACCACCCGCACCGCCAGUCAAUCCUUUGGUUGCCGGCUUGAAAAAGCCUCCCCCGAGACCUGCUUCAAGACCUUCAUCUACGGUAUCUGCACCAGCUGCAAAGGCUCCAGAAGUGCCACCUCCGCGCGCUCCUCCCCCACCACCAGGCAAGGUCCCUCCUCCGCCUGCGUCGAGAAAACCGUCCGGUCCCCCGCCACCUCCUCCAGCAGCCCCCGCGAGUCGGGCACCUCCCCCGCCGCCGGCACCAUCUAGAUCAACACCUCCACCACCUCCUCCUCCAUCAGCACCCCCAUCAAUUGCCGCGCAGGCUGCCCGCUCCGCCCUGGGCCAUCAAUCACCUUCAGCGCCUCCUCCACCACCUCCAUCAUCUGCUCCAGGAGCUCCACCACCACCGCCUCCGAGUGGUCCUCCUUCAGCCCCAUCUCCCGUUACCUCUCACCCUCCCUCUCAUGAACCAUUUGCUACCCUGGAUCCCAGUGCUUACACACUCACCAAUGGUGGAUCAUCCCCUGCGCCAAGCUCUCGCAGUCCCUCAACACAUGGCGCAGUCCGAAUAGAAGAUACUCGAUUUAAGUUCCAUGGCGAUGGUUUGCUGCCCAAGCCACGGCCUUUUGUCGGUGGAGAACGCAGGUACCGUGCUGGAAGAGGCAGCAGUGUGCCGUUGGAUUUGGCUUCUUUGAGAGGCUGA